CUGGCACUAUACCAGAGAAGAAGAAGUAAACGGAAGUGAACAGUGACUAUGAGCAAUUUCCACGUUAGAGGUUUUAUUGUUGUUAUGAAUACGUUUAACAUCAUAGAACUCAAAAUAUGACUAAUUUAACUGCACAGCAUCACAUACGUACCCCAUCUAGUGUUUAAUUUGCGUUGAAGACAGGACUUGGUUAAUGGAUGUUAUCUAUGUAACGCUAACUAGUUGCUAAGUAACGUUACGCUAGCUAACAAUGGCUAACUGUAUGGUUUUUCACACACAAAUAGCAUCCAUCAUGGAGGUGCUAGCGAACGCAGCUGUGGUAGAGAUCUGUAAACUCGUAGACGACGAUUAUGCAGUGUUUCGUUUGGAAAUGACUCAAAGCCAGAAAGAAAACAGGUCAUUGCAAAGGAAACUGCAACUACUGGAACUGAAGGUGGCACGGGAGCGCGCCGUUGCUAGUCCCAGUAGUGUCAAGAUCCUCGACCGACACAGAAGAAUGGCAAGAGGUGAAAGACAUCUCACUGGAGGACACAGGAGCUUUGUGAAGCCAGCCAGACACAAUACAUGCAGAGAUGACCAACCAAUCACUGUUGAUGAGGGGAGUGGAACCUCAACCCAGAACGUUAUCGUGAUAGAGUCUACAGAGGCUGCAGGUCCUGGGGUCAAGCAGGAGAGGUCUGAAGGAAAGGAGGACCCAUGGCACAGCAGAGACAUCCAGAAUGGAGCAGCUGGAGCGCCCCCUGUAGCCACAGAAAACCCCACCACUGCGCAGCCCAGGACCCGACACAGCAUCACGGAGGAGGAGGAGGGUCCAGAGGUGCUGCUGGUGAAGGAGGAGGGUCUGGGGAACCCUGAGGGGAACAUGGUCAUGGAGGACAACCAGACUACACCUCCUCCUGAACCCACAGAGGAACCAGCUGAGCAGCACAGGACCACACACAAUCUCACUGAGGUGAGCCCACUGUAAACUACUGUCUGCAUGUUUAUGUCAUGGCUCGUAUCCACAAAGCCUCUCAGAGCAGAAUAGCUAGGAUCAGUUUAGCCUUUUAGAUUAUAAUGAAUAAAGCUAUGUAGACAGAGCGGCACCAGAACAUCCAAAUUGUAAUGUAUUUCGUAGUUGGUUCAAGCAAAGAGGUGCAUUAAAACAAAAAGUGGAUUUAGCUAGUUCAGUGGAGACCAAAGGAACCUCAAGAGUUACUCAAACCUGUUCACAGGGUUGGUUAUCUCAUGUUUUUAUACUUGAACAACAAAGUUAGUUAAGUUGGAAGUUUGUGUAGUUGAGCUUUGUAAACACAAAUGAGUAAUGAAGGGAUCCAUGAGACUUUAAUGAGGACCAGCCAAUUUGAUACAGGAUGCAGAGGUGUAUAUUAAAACUGUCACCUGUGAUAAAACGAAUGGAGCUAUAGUGGACAGCAUCUGAAGGUUUAAAACUAGUGGCUGCUGCAAUCUUGUAAAUGGUGGCACCAAAGUCGAGAACUGGCAGUUGACUGUUGACUGUACAAUCUGCUUUCUGCUAUUUAGGGAAAGGAAAGAUCUAUUUCUAAAAAAGAAUCCCACUUUCAAUCUUAGCUUUUUAACUAGCUCAUCCAUAACUUUUUUUAAACAUUCAAUCUUUGUCAAUCCAAAUGCCUAGAUAUUUAUAGGCGGGAACCCAAUGAAAUGUAGUCCAUCUGAAAGAAAUUGCGAGAAUUAGAGAACAUGUAUUUAGUCUUGCCCGCAAUUAAUUACACAUUUUAAAUCAACCAGGUCUCUCUGUAGGCAUCAAAGUCAGAUUGCAGCUCUAGCAGCCUGGUCAACAGUUGUGGCAAUGCACACCCCUGAGUGCUUGCAGAGUGAUGUCAUCAGAGCGCAACGCAUGUGGAACGAGAGGGCGCAAAUUUUUAUUUUUUUAAGUUUGUGAAGAAGUUUUCCUUUUGACUUUUUUUUUUAACUAGCCUACUGUCGGGUCACGUCAAUUCGAAUCUGGUAUUAGAACAAAUUAUUUAGCAAAGAGUAACUCAUGUUUUCUUUGUUCUUUAAUUAUUGCAAACACCUGAAUGGUAAAUAUGUUGUUCGUAUAUACGGUCUCACUGUAACACCACGCAGGGCAAGACAGCGAAGAGAACGUCACAUCCUUUGUUCUCCCUUAUGUACUCUGACAGAGAAAGUUCCCGCUCAUUGCUGGCCUGUCAGAGCGAGGAUGAGCGUGGUUUAAACUUACUCAUCUUAUCGCUGGCAUGCAGGCUGGUCCCAUCCUCGUGACGCACUUCCUGUCGCCGGGUGUAGUUCUUGUCUUCAGCAGUUGACUUAUCCGUAGUUUAUAUACUUAAUAUUGUAGCAUAGCUUCCCCGGUAUAUUAUAUAGGUUAUGCAAACAAAUAGCCAGUUCAACCCUAACACUACCUCUUUAAUUUGGAUCCUGCGACGUGGUUAGCUCAGUUGCUGGGGGCCGAUACUAUCUGUCCUGGGACACUGCCAAAAGCUAAAGUCUGAAGAGCUGCUGCUUGGCGACGCAGCUAGCCUAGCUGCUAGCUAUCAAGCUAGCCUAGCUGCUAGCUAUCAAGCUAGCCAGGUUUCUUUGACAUUUUGAACACAGACUGCAACGCAGUCCUCGGAUAGUCCUGAACUUGUGGCUGUUUAAAUCCCAGCUGUUUGUUGCUGUUUCCAUCGGCCAUGCGAGCUGUGCUGGCUGGAAUUGCGUGGAGUAAGUUACCAGCGUUAGCCUACGUUGCUACUAUUAUGUCGCCCAAAGUCAAAGAAGGUUGUAAACAGUGUAAAUCAACAAAAAAUAUGUCUACAAGCAAUUGUUACAGCAACAGAAAAAUGGCUUGAAGAGCUUUUCCCCAAUACUGGUGGAUUCCACUAACAAAAGAAUGGACGAUCUGACCAGGGAGAGGUGAAUGUCAUGGAAGAGAUUUGCAGCAAGAUGACAUCAGGAGUGUUUGUGAAUCACUAUUACAGAUGACUGGGAAAAGAUUAUCUAGAGGGACAAUCCAGGAGGAAUAACAUUGUUGUGGAUGGCAUACCAGAGUGUACACAGUGAGAAAAUGAUCACUGAAAAUCUGCAGAUGGAUCAAAAGAAGAUUGAUGUGGAGCACACCCACAGUUCUGGAAAACCUAUAACCAGCCCAGGUGACAGACCCAGUCUGAUCGUGCUCAAGUUCCUAAGGUUCAAGGACAAGAUGGCUGUUCUGGAGAGAGCCAAGAACUUGAGAGGAGCCAACAUCUUCCUAAACGAUGACUGUGCGUCAGAGGCAGAAAGAACUUAUCCCAGCUAUGAAAGCUGCCAGAUAGCAUGGGGACAUUGCUUACAUCUGCUACGACAAGCUCAUUGUCCACCCUCCGUCACAAAAGCUUGGGAGGAGUGAGAGAGCCAAGCUUCCGGGUCAGUAGCUUCAGCCCCACAUCACACACACACCAACUGUCACUCACAAGUGCCUGAUUGACUGACUUAGCUAAACAAUGUUAUUAUUUUUCUCUCCAUAUUAUGUCCAUCUCAGCUAAGCUACCCAGGAAAGGGCUAAGAAUAGCCCAUAUUAAUUACAGUGCCUCCAGAAAGUAUUAAUGCCUAUUGACCUAUUCCACAUUUUGUUGUUACACUCUGAAUUCAAAGUGGAUUAACUAUAUAUUUUUUCUCACCCAUGUACACACAAUAUCCUAUAAUGACAAUAAGAAAACAUGUUUAGACAUUUUUUUGCAAAUGUAUUGAAGAUGAAAUACAGAAAUAACUCAUUUACAGAACUAUUCACACCCCUGAGUCAAUACUUUGUAGAAGCACUUUUGGCAGAGAUUAUAGCUGUGCGUCUUUCUGCAUAAGUCUCUAAGAGUAUUUAUUUUGUGCUUUGUUUCAAACAGGAUGCAUGUUUUAGAAUAUUUUUUUAUUUUGUACAAGCUUCCUUUUCACUGUCAAUUAGGUUAGUAUUGUGGAGUAACUACAAUGUUGUUGAUGUUUUAAAGUCACCAUUGGCCUCAUGGUUAC